CACCGCUAAUAAAACCUUCUCAUCCCUCUUGUAGGUUCCACCACAUGCCCCCUCCCGCUCCCCCACCCCGCACCCCCCACCACAUUCAUUUCCUCUUAGCCUCCGUUAAUUCCAUUCACACUCAAUUCCCAUCGUCAUUUCCAAAGCUUCAAAAAUUCCCCAUAUAAAUAACCCUCUCAUUCAUCUGAUUAACCAAUAAAGCGGUCGAUAAUGAAGCAGCUUAAACAUCCUCCAAGUUCAACUACAUCAUCUCACGAUCCUAAAUUACUCGUCCGUGAAACACUCCGGAUCACCGCUGAUCUCGCAUCUGCUCCUCCAUCAGCUGCUGUGCCACCUGUUUCUCCAUUGUUAUCCUCGGAAACAACGACAAAUUCUCUUAAUUUUGGAGUUGGUGUUGAUCGGCAAUUUGUUGAUUCGAGUUUGAGAUUGUUGUGUUGUGAAGAGAUCGAUGGGAGAAGAUGGAAGUAUUUUACUGAUGAGAGUAGUUGUAGUAGUAGUAGUGGUGGUCGUGUGGGUGGUGGUUGUGAACAAUUGAAGUUGAAGAAGAAGAAGAAUGUUAUUCGUGCUGUUAGUUUGCACUCUCCACAAGCUCCUAUUGAGGAGUUCAUGGCAUUCAUUAGAUCCUACGUGGUUCCGGAAGGUUUUCCUAACAGCGUUACACCUUCUUAUGUACCAUACAUGACAUGGAGGGCACUUAAGCACUUCUUUGGUGGAGCAAUGGGUGUUUUCACGACGCAAACACUCUUAAAUUCAGUAGGAGUCUCCAAACAUAGAACUACCCCUGGUGCUGUAGCCAUUAACUGGAUUCUCAAGGAUGGUGCUGGUCGCGUGGGGAAGAUGCUUUAUGCACGGCAAGGAAAGAAAUUUGAUUAUGAUCUAAAGCAGCUAAGGUUCGCGGGUGAUCUUCUGAUGGAGUUGGGAGCUGGUGUUGAGCUGGUAACUGCUAUUGUGCCACAGUUUUUUCUUCCUUUAGCCUGCGCAGCGAAUGUGGCCAAGAAUGUAGGUGCUGUUACUUCUACUUCAACUCGUACUCCUAUAUAUAAGGCCUUCGCUAAAGGGGAAAACAUUGGGGAUGUAACAGCUAAGGGCGAAUGCGUUGGCAAUCUUGCUGAUUUACUCGGGACAGGAUUAAGCAUCUUGAUUUCUAAAAGGAAUCCAUCCUUGGUCAAGACAUUUGCCUUCCUCUCAUUUGGAUAUGUCUUCAGCUCUUACCGAGAGGUGAAAUCUGUUGUGCUGCAUACCCUGAACCGUGCAAGAUUCACAGUAGCAGUAGAAUCUUUCCUAAAGACAGGGAGAGUUCCAACACUGCAGGAUGGAAAUUCUAGGGAAAACAUAUUCAAUUUUCCAUGGAAAAAUCACAGACCUAUUAUUCUUGGACCCAGAUUUCGAGAAGCUGUCGAAGAUCCAAACUCAUUUCUUGCUGUCAAGCCCAUCUUUGAGAAGGAGAACUAUAUAGUGACAUACAAUCCUUCCAAAGGAAAUAUAUACGUGUUGCUCAAGGAUCAAGCUAAGUCGGAUGAUGUACUGAAAGCAGCAUUUCAUGGCCAUGUGCUUCUGCACAUCAUUCAUUCAUCCACCAAGAAACAGUCUUCCUCCAGGAGACAGCAUGAAGAUGAACUGUCAUUGUCCUUGCUAUCAGCUGCUGAUCUUCAAGCUCAUGUUGUAGACUCUUACAAAAUGGUCUCUGCUUUAUAUAUGCCUUUCAAGAGCAAAGCUAAAGAACAGGGUUGGGUGAUGUCGGAAUCACUACUUAAUCCUGGCCGAGCUCGGCUUUGUGAGAUGGUCAAAUAAGAUACGCAACUGUUGGAGUUGGUUGCAGAGGAGCUAAAAAUCUUCUUUACAAUUAUUGCAUGGCCACUGAUGGCAUUUCAAAGACACUUGUGCAUCUCGUGGAAUUCGCUACUUGGCAGCAAAUGAGAUCGGAGACUGGAAGUAAUUACCAGUUGUUUUUUCUAACGCGACAAGUUGCCUGUACAUCAGCAGCCAGCGACUAGCGUAAGCAAGAAGUGCACUUUGUGAAAGAGAUUUCAGUAUUCUUGUUUAUUCCACCAUAGUCUAGUCUUUGAUGUUUUCUUCUUGCUUUGCGUAUAAAUUUUUGGUUCAAUACUCUGCUGUAUGCAUACAAGGGUACCGAUUUAGGGUGGGGUUGGGGGGUUGGCUUGUUGUUUGGAGACAAAAGAUGGCUCUUCGACCCUCCAGUUUCUUGUUUUUCAUACUUUGUUUCUGCCAAUGUAAUGUAAUAUCUCCAUUUGGUGUUC